CCGCCUCUGAUUGGCUCUCGACCCCAGUUUCCAGGACAACUGAAACAAAACGAAUAGUUUGACCGAUUAACGAAGGGCACGGAUCCUGCAUCUGCAGAGAGACUGAAAUACACUUUUGGUAGUUGUUUUUUUGCUCUAUUGAAAAAAUGGAGGGAGAGCCAGAAAAUGACGUGAAGAAUAAGACGGAGAGGGGAGAUUCAGCAGACAUUUCUCCUCUAACUGUAAAUGGACCUGAAAGUAUCCUAGCUGAAAUAUUUGCAUCAGAUCCUGAUGAAGAAAAUAAUCGAAGUAUGAAAGCCGCUGAAGAGGCCCUUGUCCUUAAAGAAGCAGCGAUCUCUGGGCCAGAAGAGAACCGUGGGAACGAGCUCCCCAGUAUGGACAACAUCACAAGUGAAGAUUUGGCUUUGAAGAUAGAGGAAGACAAUAAACAGCUAAUGUGCCAUGAAGAGAGUGUCACUUUUGAGAUCAACAGCAGUGAUGAUGGUGAACAUCACAGACUGCACCUUGGCACCCCGCAGAGAGAGAACAUCAGUCCCUCCGAGGUGGAGGAAGACAAGGCCGAAUAUAAGGAACCCACCGCUGCUCCUGCAGACAAUGAAGACAUCAUCUAUGAAGAAAACAUUCAGCUCCUCCAGGAGCUGUGUGAGGAGAGAGACAAAGCCAGCCAACACAGCAGCCAGCUACAGACGAAGCUGGCAGAUUAUUUUCGCAAGACUGGGGACGACACCCUACUGGAGAGGGAGCUACCUGUGUCAGAGCAGUUGCAAGAGUAUGAGAAGCACAUUAACACCCUGACUGAGCUGAAGAAGCAGCUCACCACUGACUCAGAGACAGCUGAACAACAGGCAGAGGAGCUGAGCUCACAGGCCCAAGAGAAGCUGGACAAGGUGGAAAAUGAAUGGAAAGCCUUUGUGGCACUGAAGCAGGAUAUAUCUGUCACACUGCUAAGCCGAGGCCUUGGUAAACAAGCUGCUCAGACAAAAGUGGAGUCAGCCCUGGUAGCAGAGCAGCUUCACCAGGAUGAACUGAUCAAGCUGCGUCACAAGAACCUCAAGUUAAAGAUCAGGAUUCACAGGCUGGAGGCAGAGCUCCGUGACAGGGAAGAACACGCCAGGGACCCUCUACAUCUCCAAUUUGAGAAGCUGCAGGCUGAGAGGCUGGAGCUUGAAAAACAAGCCGAAAAGCAAAAUGAGGAAGUGUUCAAGAUGGAGAGAAAGAUAAGCAGCAGCUUGGAGCUUCUGUCAAACAUAAAGGAGAAGCUGCUCUGGAGCCAGAUGGAGGUCCAGGCCAAGCGAGAGCAGCUAGCUGAGGUGCAGGCUCUGGUAGCAAGGAAGAGGAACCUCCUGACCAGGACAAAACAGGCACACAACAGCCUGCAGAGAUACAACCUAAAGCUGAAGGAGUGUCGCGGACUGCUGGGGAACAGGGUCUUGCUGCGGGACUUUGAGGAGACUGUGGACGCCUCCGACCUAAUUGAGGAGCAACUGGAGAAUCUGAAGGGCCAGCAGGCUGAGAUUCUAUUCAGCUGUGGCGGAUGGAAGAAGAAGCUGGACACAGCCUCAUGAGUGAAUACAAAAAAAUGAUUCAAAAGACAAAGGCCAUCAGGAAUAACAAUAAGCAUCAAGUCUUA